AAAUUGAAUGAGGAGCAGCUUAACAAACAGGUGCAUGUUUAAUGAGUUGACUUUGAAAUUAAUGACUGUUUUUGUGUUCUUUUGUAUCGAACAACCAAUUUAGCUGAUGUUUAAGCUACGAACAGUUCUUCUCCUUCAUUAAUUCAUCAUGCAAGCAUAAACAAACGCCCCACGAACACUCGGCGGGUAUUUCUUCACUCGCUCUUUUUUAUCUCUCGUUCUAUGAACGAAGAAUAUUCAGUGAAAUUUACUAUUCCCAGCAAAAGAACAGAACAACAGUCACCUCGUACUAACCGAUUCAGGCCAUUCAAGAGACGUGAUUGUAUUAUUCAAUCUUCGCUUUGUAGCGAAAAUAAUGAAGAAUUCAUCCCCAGUUUACCAUAGCAGCGCCAAACACAAUGCCGCUAAAGGAACAAAAUUGUCCAAGCCGUGUAGUCAAAACUACCAGUUCUCUCACGGAAGUACGGCGUUCUAACAGGCGUGCAAGGUAGAGAGACGUAAGGGAACUUCGCCUAGGCUUCAGCAAAUGUAAAGGCACUAAACUUCGACACUGUUAUUUCUUUUAAUACGUGCGAGAGUUAAAUGGACGUUUUACCCAUAAAAUAUGCUACGCUGGGAUCUCAUUUGAGCAUACUUUCGGUAGCAACCUGCUCCUAGGCACCAGAAUAAAACGGGACGUUUUUGAUCGGAAAAGAGGGCACGCAAUCGAAACUCAGAGAAUUUCCUUUGCUUGUCCCACUCUAAAAGGGCUAGCAAGCUCUCCCGAUUCCUAGUGCAACGACAGAGUUAACGAAAAAAUUAUUUUACACCUUGUCUUCGCGUCUGACAGGUCAUUAGAAUAAAAAAGGAAGGUGCAUUGUAAUUAAAUUGGCAUAUAUUAGGACGGAGCUUGAAGGAAGCAGUGCAAUUAAAGAAACCGGCUUUCGAAUUGUUUGAUUCAAGAUAAAACAGUUAAGUUUAUUGAAAUGAUUAAGUUAAGACAAGGAAAUAGGUUGACAACUCUACGUUGUUGACAAAAUCGACUCCUUGUUAUGGAAGAAUCAGACCCUUCGUCUAUAGAAAGGCUGGGAAUUAACGAGACAAGAAGGAAGGGUGAGAAACAGGCCUUGUUAGAAUCCGACGAUGAUCCGCCUGCCGAGGACAAGAAGAACAAUCAGCCUUCCUAUGAGAUGCUAGAAAAGUGGCGCAAAGUGACCAUAAUUGUUUGUCUUCUAUCAAUUGUGUUCACUCUUAUUCUUGGGCUUGGUGCAUUUGCCGUUUCCCAGAUCUCCGACAGUUCUUCAGCGUUCGCGGUAGCGUUUGACGCCGUGUUGGCCAUCACAUCCUCGGGAUCUGUAGUAUGGAGGUUCUACUACGGAAUAAACGGCGAGGGAAAAACCGAACGUGAAUGGAAGGCUUGCAACAUCAUCGCCGUGUGUUUUAUCGUGUCGGGAGCGUUGGUCAUUGGUCGCGCUGCCGUAUGUAUACUACUGGACCAAGAGCCUCGCAAACCCACCGCACUGCUGAUCAUGUCUGUUGUCAGUUGUCUGGGGUAUUUCUUCCUGUUCUGCGUGAAGUUGUGUUUAGCCCGAAAGCUGGAAAGUUCCGCUCUGGUAGCGGACUCAAUAGACGCCCUUAGCGGUGCGGGAAUGUCAGUUGGCGUUAUUCUAAGUACAAUCAUCGUGGAACAGAGCGCAAAAGCCUGGCUGUUUGAUCCCGGCACAGCUCUCAUCAUUGCCUUAGCGACACUCAUAUAUGGAAUAGAAAUCCUGGUUCGAGUUGCACGAGAAAAGAGGAAGGUAAAGAAACUAAGACAAACUGAACAAGAACUGAAACAAGUCGAUGACGCGCAGACGGAAUCGGACGGACACUGACGGCCUGGUUUGAAACUAAAAUUUGAAAAAAAUUUAAGCGUUCUCUGGCUAAUAACCUUUUAAAAAACUCAAACUUUUGUCUGCCUUAACUGCAGUCUUUAACGGGUGAACACUGUUUAUUUGCGUUUAACCCGUUGAAAACUGCUGUUUAGGGAGUCGAAAGCUUGUGUUUUUAAAAUACCUUUACUGAGAGAGAGAACAUUUUUAAAUUUGACUAUGAUUCAACCUAGCUGCGGUUCCUCAAUAUUAUCAUAAAAUUCGGAAAUAAUGCUUUUCCGCACAACACUGGGGACCAUUAAAACGUUUUUCCCUAACGUAACCAAUAAUAGUGGAAUUUCAAGGUAAUUUGGUGCACCCACGUUGGAAUCCGGUGAGCAGGGGCCAAUGAAACAGUUUUAAAAAUCACUAUUUAAUGUAUAAUAAUAUAACUUAUGGGUGUCAAGAAAACAAAUAUGUUUAUUGCGACUAGGAUAUUUUCAAUAGAUCAAAAAACAAAAUUAAUAUAAAAACUAUGUGGCAGAGAAAAUUGGGUAGCAUUAGAUCUCAUUUGAACAAAUUGGAAAACAGAAUGAGAACUUAUGGGCGCCACGAAAACAAAUAAAUUUGUUAUGACUAAGAUAUUUUUUAAUGGAUCGAAAAACAAUGUUAAUAUAAACACUAUAUGGCAGACAAAAUUGGACAGCAUUAGAUCUUAUUUGCAAAUAAAGCAACCUUAUUUUAGGAAAUGUCGUAUCCCUUAUGGUAUACUUUAAGCACCGCACCAGGAAACUUGUUUACGACAUUCACCUAGAAUACCAAGGAGAAGAACAAGCACGGGCGGAAUUUCGAGAUCAAUUUGAGAGCACUUCCUUGCCUAACUCAUACCGUUUAACAGCUUCAAAGCACUUUGUAAGUCAUAUUUUGGUUUCCUUUACGACAGUGGAAUCGUUUUAGUAACAGUUGUUGAUUGUUAUUGACAGGGUGUUAAUAAUUGCGUUGGUUGAUCCGGAUAUUCUAUUAAGCAAGACACAUGUGUUAAGACCCAUUCCACGGGCACAUCUCACACGUUGCUAUCCCAAAAGGCGCAGAGAAAACUCCCUUGGCUAGAACAUUUACUGCUUACUGUGUCGGGAUUUUGGAAAGAAAAAAGUUGUGGAUUAUUGUGGUGGAAACAUCUGAAAGUAGAUGAGUUCUGUUGACUAGCCGAUGACAAUUACGUUUUCUCGUUAUUCCUCGUCUGGCAACGUUUUUAAUUAGGGAUAUUAUGUUUGUUUGUGAAGACACAGCGGUGGAAAGUUUACUGCAGGCGUAAGAGUGCAAGUACUGUACUUCUGUUGUGUUACCCCCGGUCACCGUACUGCAGGUGUUUGCGAUGCGAUAGACCGGCGCCCCAUUCCAUGAAAAUAGUAGCAGCAAACUGUUGUUAAUGGUUGACAUGGCUACCUCUGAUGAGCCUUGCCUUUUCUAUGAUUAUUUUAUCAGGCCAGAGAAAAUGUUUUCUCUUCCUACUGGUUGUUGAAUUACUUAUUGGGAAACUGAGGACAGAAUCCCGACAAUUAUUCAAAAUUAUCUGAAACACAUUCAGGGGUGAGAGGAGAUCCUCGACUCACUGAAAUCUUUGUUUAACAACACAUUUCGCAGUAGCCCGACAUUAAUUUAAUUGCCUUCAAGAACACUGAAUAUUCAUGAAUGACACUGUAAGCAUUCACACAGGCGGUCUACAACAGUGCUUAUUUUAUUUGCUGUUUUGUGAUUGAAAUUAACAAAAUUCGUGAAAGAAAAAUAGGUUUGGAAGCAAUAAAAAAUAGAGAAAUUUAAUUUAAUUUUCUAUUUAUCCAUAUAUACAAAUACAAUUCUAUUACAAUUAUAUAUUUUUACCGUGUAGAAAAUA